ACUGACAUAAUUUGUUGACGUUAACGCUACGGCGGACUGGUUUGCAUGGAAAUGGAAUAGCAACAGUAGUUUUUUUGUAAUUUUUAUAGGAUAAUACAGCUAAUUCCAUGUAGAUUAGACGUUCAUUUUUAUACCCUACUUAUCGAACAAUGUAAUGUUCCUAAUUUGAUGUUUAUAUGGAGUAUAGGCUUAACGCCCAGAUUGACCUCGUCGACUGAAACCGAAGGACUAUCGUACAAAUAAAUUAGGUAUGUCGGUUUGGUCAGCCAGUACAGCUGGAAAUAAUUACCACUCAGCACUGCCGGGCGGUCAAUACGGUUCCUCUAAUAACUGGUGUCCGAAGUUUAGCAAGGAGUGGAUGACAGGUUUUUAGCGAGCAUUUUGAUCAGUUUUGUGGCACUGAAAACGAAGAUACAACUUAUCAUUUUCUAACAAGACAGCACAAGUGCGUGAUGUCGGGCGAGACCCCGAUCCAGUCGGCGGACGGGCUGCAUACGCCCGCCUACCUCUCGUGGAGGAAGCUGCAGCUCAGCCGGGCCAAGCUCAAGGCGUCCAGCAAGACGUCCGCUCUGCUCUCCGGAUUCGCUAUGGUAGCGAUGGUGGAAGUGCAACUAAAUCCACCAGAAAGCACUAAAGUGCCUAACGAAAUGCUAGUAGCUUUCACAGUGUGCACCACUCUACUGGUAGCCGUCCACAUGCUAGCCUUAAUGAUAAGUACAUGUAUACUGCCGAACAUCGAAGCCGUUGGCAACCUCCACAGCAUAUCACUCGUCCACGAAUCCCCGCACGAACGACUCCACUGGUACAUCGAAAUAGCGUGGGCCUUCUCCACCCUGCUAGGACUGAUAUUGUUCCUCAUCGAGAUAGCAAUACUCUGCUGGGUGAAGUUCUACGAUCUGAGCCCGACGGCGGCGUGGUCCGCCUGCGUCGUGCUCAUUCCAGUCAUGAUAGUGUUCCUGGCGUUCGCCAUACAUUUCUACAUGUCCUUGGCGAGGCACAAGUACGAGGUGACAGCUACAGGUAUCAAAGAACUAGAAUUGCUCAAAGAACAGAUCGAAAUGGGUGACCAUGACGCGCGCAUGAAUAAUUUGACGUUGCUCGACCAAAGUCGUAUCGUGUGAUUGUCGACGUGUGUGUCCCAUGUCCUUUUUGGAAUGUUAUUAUUACCUUUUGUUUGUGAGUGUACACCAUUGAUUAUUUAGGUAAGUUAUGUACUUAGCUCGUUAAGAUUGUACUUAUUGAGUGCCAACACACGUUACGCGGAUAUUAAAUUGCACAAAUGGACUGGGCAAUUUUACUGCUCAGAUAUAGUACAGGACUUUUUGAUACUUAGCGUAAUCUUGGGCAGAGCAUAUGCCUAUUAAUCAAAAAAAUCGCUAAUGAGGUGGAAUGAUUUGUUCUGACCUGAAAUAUUUUUGUAAAAGUAAUUAUGUUUUGCGGUAUAAACUUGGUGGUCUGCUGAAUUUGACGUUGAUUAAUUAAAAUUGACCCUAGUUAAAAACUACGAUACCAAUUUGACGAAUUCCGCAAUUUAGUUCCCGCAAUUCAUUUUUACCCAACGACAGUAAAUUUUAAUAAAUUACUUAAUUUAGGCAGCAAUUUUAUACUUCAAAUAUUGGUAUAGGAAAAUAUCUAGGUAUCUCAUGUAUUUAAUUUUGUAUUUUAAAAUCUCAUUCGUGUACAGGUAAUGACAAGACAGACUUUAAAAAAUAGAUUUUAGAAUAAAUUAAUAAUAAAUAAUGAAUCUCUGUAAUUACAAUCAUAAACAUAAAUAUGUAUAUCUAUUAUUUGGACAUUGGAUAAAGGGAAGUGCAAUAAAAUUCAUAUUAAAUAAUAUAUGUAUAGACUGAUGUAAGUCUGCAGUAAAAAUCGUUAUAAUGUGUCAAUUAUCAUGAGCUGUACUCAUGUCUAGGUACUUUUCAUAUCUAAUGGGCCAUCUCGAUUUAUCAGAUACGGCUAGGGUUAUCUAUCAGGCAGAAAUAUUCGUCAUUAUUUUUUCUUUCCAUUUUCCUGUCAUCUUCUAAAUACUUUCUUUAGUCAAAACCUUAUUUUAACCAUAUUAAAAAAUCAUAUCUCAAACUGAGCUAUAUUUAAGCAUAAACUUAUAAUAUUUUGAAAAGCGGUAACAGAAAAGUAUUUAUGCGCCGUUACGUUGCAAAAUAUUUAUUUUGAAAAGAAACCCCUUUUGUAGCGUUUUUUCUCUCGGGACGUUAUCCGAUUCAAUGCCACAUCAUUUGAGAUGAAUUAUUAACGCAUGACUAACUACGAACGAGUUGACGUUGUAUGAGUAAGGGUCUCCCCACAUUUAUACACGCGGAAUCUGCUUAAGCCGAUUAUCACCACACUACUCGACUUAACACCUAUCUGCUAUACAAACGGCUCCUUUCACCGUCGUCCGGACGUCCGAGCCGAGCCGAUGCGAAUGGUAUUAGUAGCACCCUUAUUAACUUAUAACAUAGGACGUAGACUUAAGAGGACGAAUUGGAUUUUUUGGCGCCAAGGAUGUCAAUUUUUCUCAGUAAAUACAAAACGGAUCAAAAUACAACUUGGUUACCUGAAAGUUCAUGAUAUAAACCUUAUUUUGUUAGUUGUAGAAACAUGAUUAGGUAACUUUUAUAACAGAGAAAAAUAUAUCAAACAUACCUCUUUUUAAAAAGAGAUUCACAUAUUAUGGGCAAACGGGACCGAUUAAAGCCUCUUAACUUUUUUAGUAGUUGAGUAUAUACAUACUCUUUAAAAUUGUAGUAGGAUUUUUUAUCAAAUUAUCAUUUCUAAAUAAUAAAAUUACAAAACCAUUUUGUCGCUUACGACUUUUAGUUAUAAGCUAGCGCGCGUAUUGUUAUCCUCGCCCCGCUCAGACGCUCCGACCCCUUUUGGCGCCUUAGAUGCGCGUGCCGGUUAUGGAAUUAUUGUUGACCACUUCCUCGCCCGUCGAUAUAUGUGGGCAGACCCUAAAACGUGGACGCUUUGCAUGACAUCGAAAGGGCUAAUGUACCGUAAAUGUCACUGGAGUUGUGUUACAACCACAGCUGCAAGGGCUGCCCUUACAGACAACUAAUUACUUAUUUAAUUAUGACUAUAAAUAACUUUUUGUGUACUGGGAUUAAUAAUAACUGUCCCAAUUAGUUUUAAUUGGUCGCUAGGUGGUAAUAAGAUUGAUUCAUGUAGUUUUAAAACUUUGCGACUUCAAAAAAGGCAGGAAUCACUAAAGGCAAUUUGAUCAAUUGUCAAGCUAUUAUCAUUACAGAAGUCUUAGUUAUAAGGGUGAGAAACAAAGAGACGUUGGCACACUAGAUCCUAGUCCGAAACUAAAACAUAAUUCAGUAAUCUUUUUUUAGGUAGACAUGACAUGAGCAUUCAACUCCUAAACGUGAUCAACAAAAAAUUACGAUAUCUAACGUAACGUAGGUAACAUGUGAUAUCAACUUCGUAAUAGUACCACUAUCGAGAGUUUCGCCAUCGUUAUAGAAAAAAGUUACAUUAACGAUAAACGACAAUGUGUGACUCAUAUUUUCCGGCCUGUUCAAUUCUGCAGUAUUUUCAAAAUUAAAUCUAACUUUAUCCAAUGAUCCAAUAUCUAUGAGAGAGUUCUUCAGGUGCUUUUAGACAAUCCUCUGGUACCUACCUAAAUAAUCUUAGGCUGUUUACCCCAACAUGACCUGACUUUUUGUCAUACCAUUGUUCUGAAUCGGUCAAUUCGAUACCAGUGUACCUUACCCGUUCGUAACUUUGAUCAAAAACUAUUCUAUUAGGUACAUAAGCCAAAGUAUGGCAAUAAAAUGAUAUUGACUGUAUUUAUUACUUAAUCCAAUAAGUACUGUGAUAUAAUAAUGAAUGACAUUAAAAAAUCUGUUAAUAUAUAUUUUAGAAUUAAGUAAAUAAAUUGUUCAUGUAAACGUAACUUGUAGAAUUUUGUAUGGAUAAUUUUACAAUUGUUAUUUUUAACGGAUCUUGUAAACACAUUAAACUUGGUCGAUGCAA